AUGGUGGCAAUAGGGCUGCCGGCCCGCAGGAGCACCGAGUUGCUGGAGAGGCUCGACGAUGAUCGGCCCGUGAUUGUUGUGCCCCGCUCCUCGAAAUCAACAACCAUGAUUUCUAAAGCGAGAGAGCCACCAUUGACUCUGCACGCCACAGUUUCUCUGAAAAGAAUCCCGCCUACGGGACCCUCGCUCGCUGGGGUCUAUCCACGCUAUCGUCUAAGUCGUACAGCUCGUUUCAGCGUUGUCAGCGUCGGGGAUUUGGUCGGAAACAGCGGGGGUGCUCGGGGCUUCGUUUGCUUUGGUGGGCCGCUUGGGUUCUUCUUGGAUGAAGAAGACGGAGGUGUCAACGCGGUGGGGUGGGAUUUCUUGCUACCGCGGCGGCGGGGGCUGAGGGAGUCUCGCCGGAUGAGAAUUUGGGGUUGGGGUGCAGCUGCAGCAGCCACACUGAAACCUGCUUCCAAAAGCCCCCUUUCUUCUAUUGAAAAAUAUAAUAAAGAAACAAUACUGACGAUAUACCUGGGAUUUCUUCUCUGUUUUCCCCUCAUCGAUCAUAUGUUACAUUCUCAGACAUAUUCAGAUUCCUUAGUAAUGGCUUCAAGAGCAAUAUUGCGAAAGAAAAGGUAUAUUAUUGGUUCAAUUAAACAAUCCAAUUACUUGGUUCAAGGUCUCUUAUGCUCCGAGCAUGGGAAAUCACUGGAGAUUCCUGAUUCAUUGCUUUGGCACCGACCGAUGACCACGUCAUCCUCUGAUGAGCAUUAUAAAGAGAAGGAAGAUUUUCAGACUCUAUCAAAGCACUUUUCAAAAUGUACUUCAACAAAAAAUCAGAUUGAUUAUAAGUUUUUCUGUGUUCCAAAUUUGCGCCAUGAGGUUGGAAUAUAUGGAGAAUGUUCUCAUUUGGGAUUUCAGUGGGCAAAAGAACAUGCACGUUAUCUAUCAACUGCUGCAGCAGGCCAGCCUGAACUAGGAGGCCGUGAUAAUAAAAAUGAAGAACCUGCGACAAAGCAGAAGAAGGAACCUUCGCCCGAAGAAUGUGACCAGGCUGUCGAAGGUUUGAGCUCUGUCAAAGCCAAAGCUAAAGCCAAGCUGUUGCAAGAUUCCAAGAGGGAUGCCAGCUUUAUACUGAAGAGAAUAUGGGCGAUGCUUUUAGGAAUUGGUCCAGCUUUGAGAGCUGUUGCCUCUAUGAGCAGGGAGGAUUGGGGGAUAAAAUUGCGGCACUGGAAGGAUGAGUUUAAAUCCACAUUGCAGCACUACUGGUUAGGUACAAAACUGCUGUGGGUUGAUGUUAGAAUAAGCUUGAGGCUUUUGUUAAAACUUGCUAGUGGGAAGACUCUAUCCAGGAGGGAGAGGCAACAGCUUACACGAACUACAGCCGACAUCUUCAGGCUAGUUCCUUUUGCUGUCUUCAUUAUAGUUCCUUUCAUGGAGUUUUUGCUGCCGGUGUUCCUGAAAUUGUUUCCAAACAUGUUGCCAUCGACCUUCCAGGACAGAAUGAAAGAACAGGAGGCUCUGAAAAAGAGGCUUAAUGCAAGGAUAGAAUAUGCAAAGUUUCUACAAGAGACCGUAAAAGAAAUGGCAAAGGAAGUUCAGAACUCAAGAAGUGGAGAAAUAAAGAAAACUGCUGAAGAUCUUGAUGAUUUCAUGAACAAGGUCAGGACAGGAGCACGUGUUUCCAAUAGUGAAAUCUUGGGCUUUGCCAAGUUGUUUAAUGACGAGCUCACUCUGGAUAACAUCAGCAGACCCCGGUUAAUGACUAUGUGCAAAUAUAUGGGUAUUAGUACUUACGGUACGGAUGCGUAUCUGCGGUAUAUGCUACGAAAGAAGCUUCAGAAGAUAAAGGAAGACGAUAAAAUGAUUCAAGCGGAGGGCAUAGAGUCUUUAUCUGAGGAGGAGCUUCGCCAAGCAUGCCGGGAUCGUGGAUUGCUUGGACUCCUCUCAGUUGAUGAAAUGAGAAAACAGCUUCAAGAUUGGCUGGACUUAUCUCUCAACCAUUCAGUACCAUCAUCUUUAUUAAUAUUGUCUAGGGCUUUUAGUGUGUCUGGUAAAGUCAAGCCAGAGGAAGCUGUUCAAGCUACGCUGUCAUCUCUACCUGAUGAGGUUGUGGACACUGUUGGAGUAACAGCAUUACCAUCUGAAGAUUCUGUCUCUGAAAGAAGGAGGAAGUUAGAAUUCCUGGAAAUGCAAGAAGAAUUAAUCAAGGCUAGGCUGAAGGAAUCUGCCCCAAUGCAGAAGGAUGUCGCGUUGGAGGAGAUGGUGACAGCAACUGCAAAAGAAGCAGAAGAACGUGGAAAAGCCAAAAGUUUGGAUAAGCAAGAACAACUCUCCGAGCUCAGUCGUGCAUUGGCAGUAUUAGCUUCAGCAUCGUCGGUGAGCAGGGAGCGGGAAGAGUUCUUGAGACUGGUCAACAAAGAGAUUGGUCUGUACAAUGACAUGGUAGAAAAAGAGGCUAAAGAAGGAGAAGAAGAAGCCAGAAAAGCUUAUAGAGUAGCUAGAGAGGAAAGUGAUGAUGCUACUGAGAGGGCUUCGGGUGAUAAAGUAUCUGCAGCACUAAUAAAUAGGGUUGAUGCUAUGCUCCAAAAGCUUGAAAAGGAAAUUGAUGAUGUAGAUUUUAAAAUUGGCGACCGUUGGAGAUUGCUUGACAGAGAUUAUGAUGGAAAAGUGACUCCUGAGGAGGUUGCAUCUGCUGCUAUAUACCUGAAGGACACUUUAGAUAAGGAGGGUAUUCAAGAACUUAUCGGGAAACUGUCCAAGGAUAGGGAGGGAAAAAUUCUUGUGGAAGAUAUUAUCAGGCUAGCGGAACAGGCAGAAGAUGGAGAAACUGCUGAAGCAGGAAAAUCUUGAGAGAAAUUCAAUUGAAUAACAAAUCAUUCGUGGUUUUUUCUUGGCUUCUUUCUACUCUUGAAGUUCUCUGAGGUAGAUGUAUUUUGACCAUGUAUCGGUAUUCUUGUCACCAUAAGGUGGUUCAUUUUAUAUUCAGGCCGCUCACAUUAAAAGAACCAAUAAUGUGUAAGAUUGUCUGGAGAAAUAUUGUCCAUUGCAAAUAUUUUCUUAGGAAGAAAGGUUUUGUCUACAUAAUUGACAUCGUCGAGCCGUGACUCCAUAUGUAUCGUAAUUCUUUGUACAUGUGAUGGUAUUGAAGAGCAAUGAGUGUAACAAUUAGUUUGAUGUGCGUUUUAUGGGUAUUGUGAUGCAACAUUUUUUUGCAUCUAUUCAAGAUUAUCAUUUUCUUUUUCUCUAGUCACCAUAUGUAUCGUAAUUCAUUGUACACGUGAUGGUAUUGAAGAGCAAUGAGUGUAACAAUUAGUUUGAUGUGCGUUUUACGGGUAUUGUGAUGCAACAUUUUUAUUUUGCAUCUAUUCAAGAUUAUCAUUUUCUUUCUCUUUUG